AUGGCGAGAGCCUAUCACCCGCUUAACGACGUCGACGAUGGCGAUGGCGAUGGAGGCGACAAAGCUGUCGAGCUGACGGAAGGUUCGUCUGCUGCAUCCCGCGGCGUGCCGAGCAUCUGCGAGUCCAUCAGCCGCGAGAUCAACUACGCGUGGGCGGUGCUCUCGGGCUUCAAGACGCUGGCCAAUGUGGGCAACUUCUACUUCGCGUGCGGCGGUCGCGCCUUCGGGUACAACCCGGGCCUGGACUUCUUCGGGGCCAACGGCAUGCAGCUCGCGGUCUUCGCGCUGCACAAGUUCGUGCACAACGAGCACGUCCUCGUACCGGUUCUCGACUGCAUCGACAUUUACUGCAAGCUGCACGUGGACGGCGCGCUCGAGUUCCUGGCUGCCAACGAUGCCAAAGAGAUUCUGAUGAAGUGCGUUCGCUUCCACGACAACAAGCACGACGUUAUCGCCUCGGCCUGUCGCGCUCUCGGCAGCCUCGUGAUGAACGAUCUGGUGAAGGAGUCUGUGUCGUCCCCAGAUCUCGUGCUGGAGCUGCUAGGACUGCUCAAGCGCUACGACCACAGCCUCUCCAUCUGCAGAGCCGCACUCAUUCCUCUCGGCUUUCUCGUGACGAAUGCGCCGAUCACGGCGACUUUUAUCGACGGCAACGGCACUGCACUCACCAUGGCGGCCAUGAAGCGUUACGUCAAGGACACGGAGCUGGUCUGGCACGCAGUCGGAACGCUAAACGGCCUUCACGCGAAAACGCUCGAUAUCCGCUUGGUCCACAGCAUCUUCAACUUCACGGGCGUUCCGAGACUAGUUGAGGCUGUAGCAUCUCAUCUAGACACGGAGGAGGUGGCGGUCGAAGGUUUUCAGCUCCUUUCUCGACUCGCGGCACUCCCCGAGGCCUAUCGGACCAUCAACGAGUGCAAGGUGCUGGAUCUGGCCUACGUGGCGCUCUUCGCCUACUCGGGGCCGGCACAUCGCCACACGCGCCUCGCUAUCAAGAGCACGCUCCACAGCUUCCAGAAGUGCGCGCUCUUCGACCCGCGCGAAUUGGCCCGACGAGAGCGCGCAAGCCGCACGGACAUCGCGCUGUAUGCUCUGCUGCUCUUCUGCUUCGUGCUCAACUCGGCCUUCUCGCUCUAUGGGCAGCACUCGAGUGAUCUCGUCUUCGCUGUACGGCGCGCAGUGGUCGACACUCCCUGGAACGCUGGAAGCUCACAGGACUCGGCGAUGACGACGCUGCGUGACGUGCUCUCGAUCGCAGACGUCUGGAGCUUCCUGCAGGGGCCCGUACAGUCGGCACUUUUCCAGGAUUCAUGGUACAAUGGCGACAGCUUUGCAGACGACGUGGACUCGCAGCUUGGGGUAGUCGAUGGCGCCAACAUGCUGCUGGGUGGGGUCGAGCUACGUCUGCUUCGAUGGUGUUACCCUCACUUUUCAACCAGUGCUGAGCUCAAGAUCCCAGUCUCUCGCUUGCCGUACUUUGAGGACACUUGGAGUGCGUCUCCUAGUCACAGUGACUAUGAAGUCUACCGCGGCAGUCUUGCUGCAUACCCGGGGAGUGGCUAUCGACGAUUCCUGCCUCGAUUAGGGGCCAACCUGACGUCGGACACUGCAAAUGGCUGUGAUUCUCGCUGUGAACUUGCCAAACUACGACGUGGUCGGUGGCUGGACGAGUCCAGCAGAGCGUUAUUCGUUCGGUUCAACCUCUACAACGCGGCGCUCGAUUUGCACUGCGUAGUGCAGCUAUUGUUCGAGUUUGGCGUGGCCACCGCUGGGUCUGCUGAAGGUGGCAGCGGCGAAGUGAUCACUUCGGCUGAGGUCACGCCCCUGCACUUAAGGCAAUACCCGGGCUUGUUCGUAAUCCAGCCGCGGUUCCUCACUGAGCUGGGCAUUCUGGUGGGCGUCGUGUGGUUCGCGCACAAGCAGCUCGAGAAGCUGCUGCAGUAUCGCCUCUUCUACUUCUGGAUCCCGAACCACGUCGCCGACUUCUCCAUUGUGGCGCUCUGGGCGGCAAUUCUCGUCCUCCGGGUGCAGUCCAUAGCUCAAGCCGCGUUCCCGCAACUGCUGACCCUCGCCGAGACGUCCGACAGCAGCUACGUGGACCUUGGAGCGAGUGUGCAUUACCUGAGGACGGAGCGCUACCUGACAGCAAUUUGCUCAGUUCUCAUGUGGCUGCGGCUGGUACGACUCGCCAAGACGAUCAAACCGCUGGAAAGCACCGUCGACAAGCUGGAACGCGCUCAAACUCUGCUGUUCAGCUACGCCAUGCUGCUGCUGGUGUACGUGUUGGGCUUCGCACACGCUGGAGUUCUUCUGUUCCCAUCUGCACGCUCGAGCUUUCGGAGCUACUCGGCUGCCAUCGCGACUAUGGCCAGGACACUUGCGUCGCGGUGGCAUCCGUUGGAUAUGGCUGGGCGAGUAGACAAGCAAUUGUUCCGACUGCUGUUCCAGCUCUCGACGUCUUUUGUCGUUCUUAACAUCGUGGUAGCGAUUCUGCAUGAGCGCUUUGACUCCUCUCGGAUGAGAGCAAAGGCGGCAGCGAUCGAUGGGUUGGCCAUGCUGGAGCUGGCGAAGCACCAGCUCGAGGCGCACGGCAUGAAAGUCGAGGAGACGUCAUUUGCCAAGAAACUUCGCGCUGCUGCGACGAGAGGAAUCACGAAGCUGAAGCAUGCAACUCGAGACAUCCUGCUCGUGUCAGACGAAGCUGAGAAGCUCUCGGAUCUCAAGAAGGCGUGGGGGUUAGAACAGGAAUACUCGCAGCUCAAGUCUGUGCUCGAAGAUGAGGCUGUCGCCGUGGAUGACAGCCAACUCACAAGUGACGAUUCCUCGAGGUGA